AGUGCGGCCGAGGGGCGGGACUCCAUUUCCCAGCAGGCUCCAGGCGGCGGGCGCCGCUGUGCCUUGUGUGGGAUGCCAAGGCCCGCCGCCAUGGGGCUGAAGGCCGCCCAGAAGACGCUGUUCCCGCUACGCUCCAUCGACGACGUGGUGCGCCUGUUUGCAGCCGAGCUGGGCCGAGAGGAGCCUGACCUGGUGCUCCUAUCCUUGGUGCUGGGCUUCGUGGAGCAUUUCUUAGCUGUCAACCGCGUCAUCCCCACCAACGUGCCCGAGCUCACCUUCCAGCCCAGCCCGGCGCCUGACCCUCCCGGCGGCCUCACCUACUUCCCAGUUGCUGACUUAUCCAUCAUCGCUGCGCUCUAUGCCCGCUUCACCGCCCAAAUUCGAGGUGCUGUCGACCUGUCUCUGUACCCUCGAGAGGGGGGCGUCUCUAGCCGCGAGCUGGUGAAGAAGGUCUCGGAUGUCAUCUGGAACAGCCUCAGCCGCUCCUACUUCAAGGAUCGGGCCCACAUCCAAUCCCUCUUCAGCUUCAUCACAGGCACCAAACUGGACAGCUCUGGUGUGGCCUUUGCUGUCGUGGGGGCCUGCCAGGCUCUGGGUCUCCGGGAUGUCCACCUCGCCCUGUCUGAGGACCACGCCUGGGUUGUGUUUGGGCCCAAUGGAGAGCAGACAGCUGAGGUCACCUGGCAUGGCAAGGGCAAUGAGGACCGAAGGGGCCAGACAGUCAAUGCAGGCGUGGCUGAGCGGAGCUGGCUGUACCUGAAAGGAUCAUACAUGCGCUGUGACCGCAAGAUGGAGGUGGCAUUCAUGGUGUGCGCCAUCAACCCUUCCAUUGACCUGCACACUGACUCCCUGGAGCUGCUGCAGCUGCAGCAGAAGCUGCUCUGGCUGCUCUAUGACCUGGGACAUCUGGAAAGGUAUCCCAUGGCGCUGGGGAACCUGGCAGAUCUGGAGGAGCUGGAGCCCACCCCUGGCCGGCCAGACCCACUCACCCUCUACCACAAGGGCAUUGCCUCAGCCAAGACUUACUACCGGGAUGAGCACAUCUACCCCUACAUGUACCUGGCUGGCUACCACUGUCGCAACCGCAAUGUGCGCGAAGCCCUGCAGGCCUGGGCCGACACAGCCACUGUCAUCCAAGACUACAACUACUGCCGGGAAGACGAGGAGAUCUACAAAGAGUUCUUUGAAGUAGCCAAUGAUGUCAUCCCCAACCUGCUGAAGGAGGCAGCCAGCCUGCUGGAGGCUGGCGAGGAGCGGCCGGGGGAGCAGACCCAGGGCUCCCAGAGCCAAGGGUCUGCCCUCCAGGACCCAGAGUGCUUCGCCCAUCUGCUGCGUUUCUACGAUGGCAUCUGCAAAUGGGAAGAGGGCAGCCCCACGCCGGUGCUGCACGUGGGCUGGGCUACCUUUCUUGUGCAGUCCCUAGGCCGUUUUGAAGGACAGGUGCGGCAGAAGGUGCGAAUAGUGAGCCGGGAAUCAGAGGCAGCUGAGGCGGAGGAGCCCUGGGGCGAGGAAGCACGGGAAGGCCGGCGGAGGGGCCCGCGGCGGGAGUCCAAGCCCGAGGAGCCGCCGCCGCCCAAGAAACCAGCGCUGGACAAGGGCCCAGGCGCCGGGCAGGGCGUCGUGCCAGGGCCCCCCCGGAAGCCCCCAGGGACGGUCCCUAGCACUGCCCGAGGUCCUGAAGGCGGCAGCACGGCCCCAGCGCCUGCGCCUGCUGCGUCGCCUCCACCAGAGGGGCCGGUGCUCACUUUCCAAAGCGAGAAGAUGAAGGGCAUGAAGGAGCUGCUGGUGGCCACCAAGAUCAACUCGAGCGCCAUCAAGCUGCAGCUCACCGCGCAAUCGCAAGUGCAGAUGAAGAAGCAGAAGGUGUCUACACCCAGCGACUACACUCUUUCCUUCCUUAAGCGGCAGCGUAAGGGCCUCUGAACUACCCUAGAACUCCUAUCAGCUCACGGCAGUCGCCCUCAGUCCCUUUCAGGCUCCACCCCAGCAACCCCGCGAGUGCAGGCAGCCAAUGGGGCCCCGGCCCGGCCUCCAGGCCCCACCCCUACCCGGAAUCGAGGCUCAGUCCCUGUCCGAGUCAGACUCAGCCCUGCGCUCCACAUUGGAAUAUAGAUUCCAUCUCCCAGUGUCCUCGUUGGCCAACUGAAACCUCACCCUGGGCCCCCUUACCAAUCUUUACAGGUCCGACCACGGGAACCUCAGGCCCCACCUUAGAACCCAGUCUCUAACUGUAGGCCUGACCCGUGUUUUUCUGCGCCCUUCCCAGCCCGUGGGGCUCAAGUUUCACCCUAAACCCUAGCCGCGCAGGUCCAGCCUCCCGCCCGCCCGGGAACCUAGGGCCCCGCUCAGAGAACAUUUACAUACUUAAGAAUUCCAUCUCUUGGAAAGUCAAGCCCCCUACCCCAAAGAAUUGAAGGGGCACUUCCAGAAGUUGGAAAUAGUGACUUCCUCCCCUCUCUAUCCCACUACUCCGGGGUACUAAGCCGCGCCCCCGGCCUGUGUGAGUCCUGAGCUCCGCCACUUUUCUGACCCACUGGCUCCAGAUCAGAGCAGACCUCUCCGACCCUCUGGGAACCUCCCCUGAUUCAGCCCGUCUCAGGGGACCCUGGAGGAAAUCUGCAGGUUUGCGAGUGGAUGAGGGGAGCCUAUCUAUCUGUUUUGGUACAUAGAUUUAUUUUUCAGUUCCAAGGAAAAUGAAUACAUUUUGUAAAAAAACAAAAAAAAAA